AUGUCAGAUUCCAACACAACUGAGUUCACCAACCCCUCCACCUUCAUCCUGCUGGGCAUUCCUGGCUUGGAGACAGCCCAUGUCUGGAUCUCCAUUCCCUUCUGCGCCAUGUACGCCAUAGCCAUCUUGGGGAAUUUCACCAUCCUGUUCAUUGUGAAGAUAGAGCCGAGCCUCCAUGGGCCUAUGUACUAUUUUCUCUGCAUGCUGGCUGUCACCGACCUGGUACUGUCCACAUCCAUCCUACCUAAAAUGCUGAGCAUUUUCUGGUUCAAUUCCAGGGAGAUCAAAUUCAGUGCCUGCCUCACCCAGCUGUACUUCAUUCACUGCUUCUCAGUGAUGGAGUCUGGGAUCUUUGUGGCCAUGGCUUUUGAUCGCUAUGUGGCCAUCUGUGAUCCCCUGAGACAUUCCACCACCCUGACAAACUCCAUGGUGGUGAAGAUUGGCUUGGCCUUGGUGCUGCGUGGCAGCAUGCUCAUACUACCUUUUCCCUUCCUGGCAAAGCAGUGGCCAUAUUGUAGAACCAACAUCAUCUCCCACUCGUACUGUGAGCACAUGGCCGUGGUGAAGUUGGCCUGUGCCGAUAUUCGCAUCAGUAGUUACUACAGCCUCUCUGUGGCAUCCUGUUUGAUCGGUCUGGAUUUUUUUUUUAUCGCUGUGUCCUAUAUCCAGAUACUUAGAGCCAUCUUCAGUCUCCCCAGAAGGGACGCCCGGCUAAAGACUUUUGGGACAUGCGGCUCCCACCUCUGUGUCAUUUUGGCCUUUUACAUCCCCGUUCUCUUCUCCUUCCUCACACACCGGUUUGGCCAGAAUGUGCCCCUGCAUUUCCACAUUCUCAUUGCCAGCAUGUACCUUCUUGUGCCCCCAAUGCUACACCCCAUUAUCUAUGGGAUGAGGACUAAACAGAUCCGGGGCAGGCUGCUCCGGCUAUUUACUCAUAAAGGGCCAUAA